AACAAAAAUGAGCGAGGACAAAAUAUUACGUUCAAAACAUGAGCCAAUUAUUAGUAAAUUUAAUGUUACCGGCUCAUAUUUAUGGGAUAAAUUAUCUAAGCUAGAUGAUAAAUUUGUUUGUUUGAUCGAUGCUGUAACCGAUGAAAGUCUAACAAUUGGUGAACUAAAAAAACGGGCCAACAGUCUGGGGGUAGCACUGGUCAAUCGGGGGGUAACCAAACGUGAUCUGAUAGCCAUAUCGGGUCAAAAUUCUAUACAACACGCGGUCAUUAGGUUUGCCAUCAAACUAUUGGGCGUAACAUUUAUGCCGUUGAGUCCAACAUUUCAAGCCUAUGAAGUGGACAGGGAGGUCAGGGAUGCUAACUGUACUAUAGUUAUGACAUCAGCCGAAGAUUUACCUAAAUUUGAUACACUAGUAGUCAAUAGUAAUGAUGAUAAACAACAACAACAAGGGUUAUCAAUAAAACUUGUUGUAGUAUUUGAUGGCAAUUACAACACCGAUAACAACACCGACACCGAUAUGUUUGUAACGUAUGACCAGCUGCUGGCCGACGGCCGUGACGAUAGACUAACUAAAAUACCCUAUUUUGAUGUACAACCCGAUACCGACCAACUGUUUCUCGUACAUACAUCCGGUAGUACUGGCCGUCCGAAAUGUGCGGAAAUACCGCACAGGAUGUUCAUACAGGCAGCUGAGGAACGGGAAAAAUUUGUAACCCUAGAGGACACACCCACGACUAUCAAUUUGCUACCCUACCCCCUGGGUCACAUAAGCGGUACUGCUUGGCUACCCAUUCAACUGAGUAAAGGUCACCGCUUGAUACUGAUGGGCCGUUUCGAUGAACGGGUAUUGUUUCGAUCGGUCGAGAAAUACGGGAUCAAUGUUUUGCCAACGUUUCCCAGUUUUGGUCGCCGUCUAAUUGAAAGUGAUUGUGUGGAUAGGUAUGACCUGUCAAGUCUACGUGUGGUUAGUUCAGGCGGUGCUGCCUUUCCCGGUAAUAUUGCCAAAGAGAUUAUCGCGAAAUAUGGUGUCAAAUUUAAGGAAGGCUACGGAAUGACCGAAUUUCUAUGGGUAACCAAUGGGUCGGAUAUUAACGAUGACUUUCAAUCGGGUAAUUUGGGUACACCGGCACCGGGAUGUGAAUUGAAAUUUGUCGACUUGACCAGUGGUCAAGCACUGGGACCCGACACCGAUGGUGAACUACUGGUCAGAAGUUUGACGGGUCGUUGUUUUUCAGGCUAUCUCAACAACGACAGGGCCUAUCAGGAGGCUAUCGAUGCGGACGGUUGGUACCGAACUGGCGAUAUCGGUCACUAUGACAACAGGGACCGGGUGUUCAUUGUUGGACGUAUUAAGGAAGUACUCAGGAUUGGUGUCGACAAUCAUUAUGUUAAUAUAAGUCCCGUAGAAAUUGAACAGUUUUUGUUGACCCAUCCGGCCGUCAGCGAAGUUGCCGUUAUAGGUGUCAACAAUUCAGUCGGCACUCAUUGGCCCCGGGCUUAUGUGGUCAUCAAAAAUGGACACUUAGUUACCGCCGAUGAUAUACAGAAGUUUGUUUCAGAUACUAUGGCUUAUACUAAACAAUUGAAAGCCGGUGUUGUGUUUGUCGAUAGCAUUCAUCGGACAUCCAUCGGGAAAGUCGACCGAAACUAUUAUAGAAAUCUAAUUAAAAAUGAAAUAAUUGAUUAAUAAUUAUCUAAAUUAUUGUUUGUUUUUUGUUUUUUUUAACAAAUUUUGUUGUUGUUGUUGAUUGUGAUGUGAUUUGAUUGAUAUUUUUAUCAAAAUGUUCAAAAAUAAUAAUAAUAAUAAUAAU